AUGCCACAGCGUAUUCUUCAGCACCGAUCGAUUGAACAGAUUGCACAACAGCAGCAGGGACAGAUUGAACAGGAACAACGAAAGAUUAUGGAACAGCAACAACAAAUCGCAAAACAACAACAACAAUUCACACAACAACAAGAACAGAUUGCAUUGGAACAGCAACAGGAACAUAUUACGAAACAACAACAAAUUUCACAACAACUGGAACAAAUUAGACAACAACAACAAAAAAUUGUACAUCAACAACAGCAAAUUGCACAGCAACAAAUUACAGAGCAAUAUCAACAUAUUGUGCAGCAACAACAACAAAUUGCACAACAACAGCAAGAGAAUGCACAAAAUCAACAAAAAAUUGCAAAACAACAACAAGAAAUUGCACAGAUGCAACAAAAAUUUGCACAAAUACAACAACAACUACAGUAG